CCAACCAUUGGGCCUCGAAACGCAUUCAAUUUUGGAAGCAAAAAUGUGUCUGGGGUUUCACUUACGGAAAAUGUGGGGCCAAACCACCAAAGGAAUUCUGGCUUUCGUCGCAAUGAUGAAGCAUUUACUUUCCAUGGUCCAGGGAGGUCACUGCUUGGAGCACCGGCUCCUGAGCUGGCAACCGAGCGUCACGAAGCCGACGGCGGAGGGGCCCGUGGGGAGGAUGACGAUGACGGCCCGCACUUCGAGCCUGUGGUGCCUCUUCCGGAUAAGAUCGAGGUGAAAACGGGCGAGGAGGACGAAGAAGGGCUCUUCUGCAACCGGGCCAAGUUGUUCCGUUUUGAUGGAGAAUCCAAAGAGUGGAAGGAACGCGGCAUUGGCAACGUGAAAAUACUAAGGCACAAGACGUCUGGCAAAAUUCGCCUUCUCAUGAGACGGGAGCAAGUGUUAAAAAUUUGUGCGAAUCAUUACAUCAGCCCUGACAUGAAGCUGACACCAAAUGCUGGAUCAGACAGGUCUUUUGUAUGGCAUGCCCUUGACUAUGCAGACGAAUUGCCAAAACCAGAACAACUUGCUAUUAGGUUCAAAACUCCUGAGGAAGCAACACUUUUUAAGUGCAAGUUUGAGGAGGCUCAGAGCAUUUUAAAAACCUCAGCCACAAAUAUAGCCACAGCACCAAAUCAGAGUAUCAGAAUUGUAAAAGAACCCACGAGUCAUGACAACAAGGAUAUUUGCAAAUCUGAUGCCGGAAAUGUGAAUUUUGAAUUUCAAGUUGCAAAGAAAGAAGGGUCUUGGUGGCAUUGUAAUAGCUGCUCCUUAAAGAAUGCUGCAACUGUUAAGAAAUGCGUGUCAUGCCAAAAUCUAAACCCAAGCAGUAAAGAACUCGUUGGCCCACCACUAGUUGAGACUGUUUUUGUUCCUAAAACUGGCCCAGAAAAUGUUCAAGACCGAUUUGCAUUGAUGACUCCAAAGAAAGAAGGUCACUGGGAUUGUAGUGUCUGUUUAGUAAGAAAUGAACCUGCUGUAUCUAGAUGCAUUGCGUGCCAGAAUACAAAAUCUGCUAACAAAAGUGGAUCGUCAUUUGUACAUCAAGCUUCCUUUAAACUUGGCCAGGGAGAUCUUCCUAAAUCUGUUAACAGUGAUUUUAGAUCUGUUUUUCCUACAAAGGAAGGACAGUGGGAUUGUGGUGUAUGCUCAUUACAAAAUGAGGCCAGUGCUACAAAGUGUGCUGCUUGUCAGAAUCCGAGAAAACAGAGUCUGCCUACUACUUCUGUUCCGGCACCUGCCUCUUUUAAGUUUGGUACUUCAGAGAUGAGUAAAACUCCGAAGAGUGGAUUUGGGGACAUGUUUGCUAGAAAGGAAGGGCAGUGGGACUGCAGCUCAUGCUUAGUGCGAAACGAAGCCAGCGCUACAAAAUGUGUGGCUUGUCAGAAUCCAGCUAAACCAAGUCCAUCUACUUGUGCUGUUCCAGCCCCUACCUCUUUCAAGUUUGGUACUUCAGAGACAAGCAGGGCUCCCAAGAGUGGGUUUGAGGGAAUGUUCACCAAGGGGGAAGGACAGUGGGAUUGCAGUGUGUGCUUGGAAAGAAAUGAAGCCAGCGCUACCAGAUGUAUUGCCUGUCAGAAUCCAAGUAAACAGAACGAACCUACUUCUGCUGUUCCAACACCUGCCUCUUCAGAGACAAGCAAGACUCCCAAGAGUGGGUUUGAGGGAAUGUUUGCCAAGAAGGAAGGACAAUGGGACUGUAGUGUUUGCUUUGUACAAAAUGAGAGUUCUUCCUUAAAAUGUGUGGCUUGUUCUGCCUCUAAACCCACUCAUAAGCCUAUUGCAGAUGCACCUUCAGCGUUCACAUUGGGCUCAAAGAUGAAGUUAAAUGACUCUUCUGGAAGUCAGGUGGGAACAGGAUUUAAAAGUAACUUUUCAGAAAAAGCUUUUACCUUUGGCAUUACAGAGCAAGGAUUUAAGUUUGGGCAUGUGGAUCAAGAAAAUACACCUUCAUUUACAUUUCAGAGUUCUUCUAAUACAGAA